GGACCGUUGACUAAAUGAGUGUGAUCCAUUCCACCAGAAGAGAUCAGACUCUUCAGGACUCAGCUGUGUGUUUGUGUGUAAACUUUACCAAUAUAUAAAGAUGGAGACUCCUGAUCUGGACACAGAUAAUGUUUCUACACCAUCAAACAUCUGUAAACUCCAGAGAAAGAGAUCAAAAUCACCAACACACAGCUGUAUCUCCAUGAAGAGUGAUGGGUCUAUGGGGAUUCCUCAGAGGUUUAAAGAUGGAGACUCAUCACUUCUACACAGUAAACUCCAGGGAAAGAGAUCAGAAUCACCAACACACAGCUGUAUCUCCAUGAAGAGUGAUCAAUCUAUGGAUCAGCAUCCAGAGUUUAAAGCUGUAGACUCCUCACUUCUACACAGGUACGACCCAGAAUCUGCUGGUGGAAAUGAAUUCCAGAAAAAGUUCAAAUUAAAUCUGAUGAAGUUGUUUCAGUGUUUGAAUGGAGUGAUAAUAAACCUGGGAACCCAAACACUCCUGAAUGAGAUCUACACAGAGCUCUACAUUACAGAGGGAGACAGUGGAGAAGUCAAUAAUGAACAUGAGGUGAGACAGAUUGAGGCAGCAUCCAGGAGAAGAACAACAGAGGAAACACCAAUCAAAUGCAAUGACAUCUUUAAGCCUUUAUCUGAACAAGACAAACCCAUCAGAACUGUGCUGACAAAGGGAGUCGCUGGCAUCGGAAAAACCGUCUCUGUGCAGAAGUUCAUUCUGGACUGGGCUGAAGGGAAAGUAAAUCAGGACGUCCACCUCAUAUUUCCACUUCCUUUCAGAGAGCUGAACUUGAUGAAGGACCAGAAACUGAGUCUGAUUGAGCUCCUUCAUGUGUUUUUUAAGGAAACAAAAGAAACAGAAAUGUUCAGGUUGGAAAAGGUGCUGUUCAUUUUUGACGGAUUGGACGAGUGUCGUUUUCCUCUAGAUUUCCAGAACACAGUGAGAGUGUGUGAUGUAACUGAAUCAGCAUCAGUGCCUGUGCUGCUGAUAAACCUGAUCAAAGGGAAUCUGCUUCCCUCUGCUCUCAUCUGGAUCACCUCCAGACCUGCAGCAGCUGAUCAAAUCCCCUCUGAGUGUUUGGAUCGAGUCACAGAGGUACGAGGGUUCAAUGACCCACAGAAGGAGGAGUACUUCAGGAAGAGGAUCAGUGAUCAGUGCCUGGCCAAUAAAAUCAUCACACACCUGAAGUCAUUAAGAAGCCUCUACAUCAUGUGUCACAUCCCAGUCUUCUGCUGGAUUACAGCCACUGUUCUAGAGAGAAUGUUGGGUGAAGCAGAGAGUGGAGAGAUCCCCAAGACUCUGACUCAAAUGUACACACACUUCCUCAUCAUUCAGACAAAAAUCAUCAGAGAAAAAUACUCAAAGAAGCAGGAGAGUGAUGAAGAAAUGCUUCUUAAACUGGGACAACUGGCUUUUCAGCAGCUGAAGAAAGGGAACCUGAUCUUCUAUGAUGAAGACCUGAGAGAGUGUGGUAUUGAUGUGAGAGAAGCAGCAGUGUACUCAGGUGUGUGUACUCAGAUCUUCAGAGAGGAGUUUGGGCUUCACCACAGUAAAGUGUACUGCUUUGUUCAUCUGAGCAUUCAGGAGCAUCUCGCAGCUCUGUAUGUGCACCUGACCUUCAUGAAGGAGAAGAGAAAUGUUCUUAAACAGAAUCAAGAUUCUGAACGUUCGAUGAAAAAAAAUAGAAUCUCAGGUGUACACAAGAGUGCUGUGUAUCAGACUUUAGAAAGUCAGACUGGACAUCUGGAUCUUUUCCUUCGCUUUCUUCUGGGUCUCUCACUGAAGUCCAAUCAGAAACAUUUACAUGUUUUAGUAAAAAAGGCAGGAAGAAGCUCACUGAGCAUAAAGGAAACAGUUCAGUACAUUAAGGAGAAGAUCAGUGAAGGUCUUCCUACAGAGAAAUCCAUCAAUCUGUUCCACUGUCUGAAUGAACUGGGUGAUAAUUCUCUAGUGGAGAAAAUCCAACACUACCUGAAAUCUGGAAAACAAAGUGAACUUUCUUCUUCACAGCUUUCUGCUCUGGUGUUUGUGUUACUGACAUCAGCACAGGAGCUGGAUGAGUUUGACCUGAGUAAAUAUUUCAGUACAGAUAAGAUAACAGAAGAUGUUGUUCUGAAGAUGAUGCCUGUGAUUACAGCAUGCAGUAAAGCAAUGUUGUGUGAUUGUGGUGUCUCAGAUGAAGGCUGUGCUGCUCUGUCUUCAGCUCUGAGAUCAAACCCCUCACACCUGAGACAGCUGGAUCUGUCCUUUAAUAAACUAGGAGACUCAGGAGUGAAGAGUCUCUCUGCUGUACUGGAGAAUCCUCACUGUAAACUGGAGACACUGGGGUUGUGGGAUUGUGGUGUCUCAGAUGAAGGCUGUGCUGCUCUGACUUCAGCUCUGAGAUCAAACCCCUCACACCUGAGAGAACUGAAUCUGUCCUGUAAUAAACUAGGAGACUCAGGAGUGAAGAGUCUCUCUGCUGUACUGGAGAAUCCUCACUGUAAACUGGUGACACUGUGGUUGUAUAAUUGUGGUGUCUCAGAUGAAGGCUGUGCUGCUCUGACUUCAGCUCUGAGAUCAAACCCCUCACACCUGAGAGAUCUGGAUCUGUCCUGGAAUAAACUCGGAGACUCAGGAGUGAAGAAUCUCUCUGCUGGACUGGAGAAUCCUCACUGUAAAGUGGAGACACUGAAGUUGUAUAAGUGUGGUGUCUCAGAUGAAGGCUGUGCUGCUCUGUCUCCAGCUCUGAGAUCAAACCCCUCACACCUGAGAGAACUGAAUCUGUCCUGUAAUAAACUAGGAGACUCAGGAGUGAAGAUUCUCUCUGCUGUACUGGAGAAUCCUCACUGUAAACUGGAGACACUGAGGUUGUAUAAGUGUGGUGUCUCAGAUGAAGGCUGUGCUGCUCUGACUUCAGCUCUGAGAUCAAACCCCUCACACCUGAGAGAACUGGAUCUGUCUGAGAAUAAACUAAGGGACUCAGGAGUGAAGAGUCUCUCUGCUGUACUGGAGAAUCCUCACUGUAAACUGGAGACAGUGAGGUUGUAUAAUUGUGGUGUCUCAGAUGAAGGCUGUGCUGCUCUGACUUCAGCUCUGAGAUCAAACCCCUCACACCUGAGAGAUCUGAAUCUGUACUAUAAUAAUCUAGGAGACUCAGUAAAGAAGCUGCUGCCUGAUCUUAAGGAUGAUAAACAUUACAAACUACAGACACUGGAGUUCUAUUGAAUAUCUGUGUGUGAUGAAGACUCCAGUGUUCCUGCAUUACCAUGAUGAAGAAUAGAGAACAUGUUUAUUAACACAUCACUCAUUUAGUUCUAACACAUUAAACACACACAGAGACGUGAGAAGUGUGUGUUCAUUGUGUACAGUGAAUCAGACUAAACACAAUUCUACACUGAGUUUAUAAUGACCUCUGAUCCCUGGAUAAAAUUCCCUGGACCUCAAUCCCAUAAAAACCUGAGGGAUUAUUUGUAACAGCAGGUGAAAAUCCACAUGAACUCGAGCUGAACCCUGUUCAUUUUACUGUUUGUGUGAUUUAUUAUUUGUGUAUUAUUGUGAUAUAAUUUACACUUUUUACACACGUAUACUUAUAGCUAUAUUACUGGAUACAUAACCAAAAUUACAUUGUAUAAAGGUACUUAAAAUGUCUUGUAUAAAUAUAUCAUACAUUUAGAAGGAAUAAAAUACAUAAAUACAGUGUCA